AUGGCUUCUAAUUUGAGAGUUUUAGCCACAGAGAGCUACCCAAAUCUACCUAAAAAUUUUACUUGUAUUAGCAAAAUUUUACCACGAGAACGUUCUUUUUAUGUCAGCCUGGGCACUUCCCUCAUCCAAUCUAUGAUUCGUAUUAAAGGAACUAGCUAUGCUAAUUUAUACUGAAAAGGCUUACAAGAUCGCUUCAAAGAAAUGCAAAUUCACGCUAAAGCCUACAAUAAUCAAGCCCUCUUCAACAUAUAUAUAACUUUGAUUGAUGUUUUAGCAGACCAAGACCGGUAUACUGCUAUUUAUUGACUGACUUUUUAUUUAAGCACAAACCAAGAUAAUGCAAUUGGUGCAAUCGAGGUAGGGACAAAGUGCUUAAUGUGCGCUUGUCUGAGUUUUAAAACUUGGGAGUUUCCUAUAAUUUGGUCAUCUCAGCCUUAUGAUCUUACGACUAAAAAGAUCUAUUUAGAAAAUCUGGCAAACUAUUUAAGAGUUCAUAUUUUGGGUCUAUUUUUUAAUGAAAAAAAGCUCUUUUUUUUCCCUUUUUUCCUAAAAUCACCAUUUUUUAUAUAAAAUUAAAUUUAAUUCCCAUAUUUUGUUAGCAAAUGAUAACAAUUUUCAAAUUUUCUGCAGUUCAGAUAAAGCUACUGCUCCUUUAAUAACUCUUUAUUUAGAAAAUUAUUAUGAUUAUAGCAUCUUAUACCAUUCAGAAGCUUAUGCCCUAGAUAACAGCCCGGAAAAUUUAGAUACAAAUAAAUACCCAUAUCUUUAUAGUCCUAGAAUGGCUGAUUCUAGGGUAGAAUAUCCUAAACCUGGAGGAGUAAUCGAUAGAUAUAUUAGCAUAGAUUUUUUUUCAUGUAAAAUUAUUUCUAUAUAAAAGAAAAAUCUAUUAAUUAAAAUUAUGUAAAAAUUGCUCUAAAAAUGCGAGUUCUCAAAGCAAUUUUUUUAAAAGACAAUAUGAUUCUCCUGUAGAAGAUCCAAAAGAAAAAAUACCUCCUUUGAUCACUGAUUUUAUCAAAGAAAUAACCAAAACACUAACAAAAACAGCAAAAAUCCCAAACAAAGAUAAUUUACUCACUGUUACUGAAAAAUUAAUAGACAAAUUUCCAGAAGAUGAAAGCAUCCUAAAUUUAUACUUAACGAGAUGAAUAAUAGAAAAAUUUAUAUUAUUAAGUCCUUAAUUAUUUUUAAAAAAAAUAGAAUACAUCGUGCAAUUUCAAAAAUUCCUGACUGUAGCCAUGAAAUUACUUGGUACACCUCAAAUUGCACCCAAGAGCAUUGCUUAAAAUGCUUAUACGAAACAAUUCAGUCAUCUAAAUUCAAAACCACAGAAAUUCAAUGCCCUUGCAAUAAAAAAAUAAGCUUAAAAUGCAAAGAUGAAAUUAUAGAAAAAUAUGCAGAAAAACCAGCUGCAAAAAAAGAUUCUAUUAAAAAAUCUCCUAUAACCUGGGAAAAUGAAAAUUUAUAUUCCUAUGAAACACAAUUCACAAAAACUCCAAAAAAUAUUAAUGUAACUAAUGAACCUUUUACUGAAAGAAUAAGAUCUGCAAGUGCAGGACUCAGUCCUCAACAAAAACUACAAAGGUCCAAUAUUGAUUUUGAAGGCAGUUCAAGGCCUUUUAAUAUUAAAGCCACUGACGCUUCUCCAAAGCAUUUUAAUAUAAAAAGAUCAGAAUCUGUUGUCACAAAAUCUUGCAUUUUAGAACCUGAAAAACCUUUUAAUAUAAAAUUAAACGAACCAAUAAAAGAGACUUUCAAAGACUGCGAAAAUUGCAAAGAACAAAAAGAAGAAGACGAAUUUAAUACAGUGGUUUGUAAUGGACAUGAAAUUUGCUCUUAUUGCAGAGCAAAAUCAAGAAAGGCAAGAGAAUGCCCUAUUUGUUUUAGAAAAUACAGUGAUUAUGAGCUGAGCUUUAUCAACGCUUUGGUUUGCAGCUUCCAAGAAAAAGGGAUGCCUUGCUAA